AUGAGCUGCGUAAAGGGCCAACUCCGCGAACAUCGACACGGAGUGAUCGGUGAAGUUGAAGCUGGCAGAGGGACAAUAACCCGACAGGCCAACGGCUAUCCAACGCGUUUCAACUUUAAAACCCCGUUCCCUAGCCCACCGAGCGUGAGCAUCACUCCCAUUUUCAAUGGUGGUAUGGCAAGAUACUGGACCGAGUUCCGAAUUUACUUCUUUCAUCCAUCGGGUGGCCCUUCGGUCGACAAGGAUGGGUUUUACCUUGGGAUUAUGAGCAACACGGGAGAAAGCUUCGACUUUGAGUAUUUUGCCAGUGAGAUUAUUGAAGAUAAAGAAGAAGAAGAGAAAAUUUAG